GUUACAUACAACAACACACAGCCUUUGUCUCCUUAGAUUCCACUAUGCUCUUCUCCCAUCUCACACCACUCCUGUUCUUGUCUCUCUCUCUCUCUCUCUCUCUCUCUCCAUUUUUCUAAUACUGGUAGAUGUGGCUGCUCACCUUCCUUUUGUCGCAGGAUUCUCCUUUGCAGUCCCUAUAGAAAAGCCAAGAAUAAAAUCAGCAUAUACAACCACUAUAUAGAAGACAAUAGCAUAAUAACCAAAUCACAAUCUUUUUCCUCUUCUUAGAAGUAACCCCCAAUCUUCAAGGACUUCUCUUCUGUUCUUUCUUUCUUUCUUUUGACUUUCUCAUCCACAUGAAGACAAUCACAGCAAAAUCCCCUCAUGACUCUUCCUUCUCAUUCUCUAGAAGAUACUUCCACUGGAAGAAGAAGGUCGAAGACGGAGAAGACAACGAAGAAGAAAUCUUAACUUUCAGCUCCUCCUCGCUAGCAUGCGACGAGGAGGAGCUGAAAGUUAACGAGCUUGACUUUCCAAUGCCAACAACACUACAGGCACCGAGAAAGAAAGUCUCCAAACUCCGAUCCGCUCUUGCUAUUUUCAGCAAUAGCAAGAGCGGGUCACACUCGCGUCUAGGCACGCGAGUGGUAGGUACCCUGUUUGGGUACAGGCGCGGGCACGUCCACCUGGCAUUCCAGGAGGAUCCCAAGUCGAGCCCAGCCUUUCUGGUGGAACUCGCAACACCGACAAGUGUGUUGGUGAGAGAAAUGGCUUCGGGGCUGGUUCGAAUUGCGCUUGAAUGCGAAAAGAAAACAGAGAAGAAAGGAAUGAAAUUAAUUGAGGAGCCAAUUUGGAGAACAUAUUGCAAUGGAAAGAAAUGUGGAUAUGCGAUGAGGCGAGAAUGCGGGGCGGAGGAGUGGAAGGUGUUGGGGGCAGUGGGACCGGUGUCGAUGGGGGCCGGAGUGUUGCCAGAGACUGGAAAUAAUGAAACUGGGUCUGAAGGUGAAGUCAUGUACAUGAGAGCUAAGUUUGAGAGAGUUGUUGGGUCUAAGGACUCUGAUGCUUUCUAUAUGAUGAACCCUGAUGGGCAUGGAGGUCCUGAGCUUAGCAUUUACUUGCUUAGAGUUUGAAGGGAAAAAAAGGGGCAAACUGAGGAGGCAAGAGAGUAUGAUCCAAUUGGUGUGCCAUGUUUUGAGCUCUUUCAUCAAGUUUUUAAUGUUUACAUUUAUAGCUUUUGGUUCUUAAGGUAAUCAUGAUAUGAACUCCGUUGAAAUGAUGGAGUUAUGAAGCUUUUUGCCUUUCGGUUCAUUUUGGGAAUGGGACAAUUGGGGUUCUACUUUUUGUACUGACUUUUUGAAAAAUAAUAGGCAAAUGUUAAAAUAAUAUCUUUCUUUGUCUU